UUUUUUUGUUUCCUCUCUCUCCCUAUUUCUCUCUCUGUGGUUCGCGAUUCGCGGCUUCUAUCGUAUAAAUUUCAACACUAAAACAAAAGCGACACCAACAAAAUGUCUGAGCCAGCUUCGGUGUGUCACAAGUGCAAUGAGGUCAUCCAGCAACGCAUCAUCACGGCUUUGGGCAAGACUUGGCAUCCGGAGCAUUUUGUCUGCAAAGAUUGCCAAAAGCCAAUUACCGAUUCAACAUUCAAUAUACAAAACGGUGAACCGGUAUGCUCCGAUUGCUUUGUGCAAAACUAUUCGGGCACCUGUUUCGGUUGCAAACAGCCCAUCCUAGAGCGAACAAUUAAGGCCAUGGAUCAAAGUUGGCACGAGGAAUGCUUCGUGUGUGGCGGACCAUGCAAGAAACCCCUGGUGGGCACCUCGUUCUACGAACGCGAUGGCAAACCAUAUUGUCGCGUGGACUUUGAGCAACUUUUUGCGGCUCGUUGCGCCGGCUGCGCACUGCCCAUAACGGAGAAUGCAAUUGUGGCUCUAAAUGCCAAAUGGCAUCGGGAGUGCUUUAAGUGCAAGAAAUGCGCCACGGCCAUUACGGCCAGCACGUUCGCCGUGGAGGAUAACAAACCAUUGUGCACUGCCUGUUCGGGUUAGGAUCGUCUCUUAGGCAAAUAAUAAUGGGCAUACGGACAUAUAUCUAAUGUAUAUUAUCUACAUAUAUAUAUAUAUAUAUAUAUAUAUAUAUAUAUAUAUAUACCUAAUUAUUAUUAUUAUCAUUAUUAUUAUUAAUAUUAUGGUAUUUUGUAGUAACGCAAUUAUUGUUGAACAAAAAAAAUCGAAAGUCAAAGCUAACAAAAUCAAACAAAAUGGAAACCCAAACACUACCGAAAGGCCAUUCAUUCACUUGAAUGUGUGUGUUUGAGCAAAUAUUUUUUUAAACAAAUGUAACUUAAAUAUUUAAUAGUCCAUUAUCAACACACGAAAAUGAAAAAAAAACGAAAUGUUGUCUAUCUCAUAAAUGUGUACAAGAUCCUAUCAAAGGCGGAUUUAGGCGGUGGAUAUUUGCUCCUAAAAGUAUGCAAUAAACAGUCCAAGUUUAAUUUUUUAAUUUUUAAGUGACAUACUAAAAGUUGCAAAUAAUAUACACUUUUCCAGCCUAUUGCAUACCUUAAGGGGCUAAUUUUCCUUAUUUCACUGUUGUAUUUUCGCCUAUGUAUGUAUAUCCGCUAUCUUACGAUCAUAUGAUAUAUAUACCUAUAUAUAUUUCCUUCUCUUACUCGGUCUUUCUCUCUUUCUUAUAUUGUUUGUGCUAAUUUUUUUUAUAUACUGCGCAAAGCAUGUUAUUAAAUUGAAAAUAUAUUAAAACUGAAUCUUGAUUCACAAGUAGCAAAAAUCCAAAUUUCAA